GCGAGGUGGGGGCGGCCGUUUGUUUUCUCGUGGUCUCGAACUCGCGCGCUGUCUUCCUUCCCCCCGGCGAGCGGCGGGGCGGAGAAACGGCGGCGACGGCAGCAGCGGCUGCAGCUUCGGACACCGUCCUGUUCCUUUCCGGCGAACCGGUUCCUCUUCCCCCUCCCUCUCACUGUUUGUUGUGUGUUUGAUGUGUUAAAGCAGGAGCGAGAACGCGAGCAGCGCCAUGAGCAACACUACCGUCGUCCCCAGCACUGCAGGCCCGGGCCCCAGCGGCGGGCCCGGCGGCGGAGGCGGCGGCGGCGGUGGCACCGAGGUGAUCCAGGUGACUAAUGUCUCCCCGAGCGCUAGCUCCGAGCAAAUGCGGACCCUCUUCGGUUUCCUAGGCAAGAUCGACGAACUGCGCCUCUUCCCGCCUGAUGAUUCGCCUUUGCCAGUCUCAUCCCGUGUCUGCUUUGUUAAGUUUCAUGAUCCGGACUCAGCAGUUGUGGCACAGCAUCUGACAAACACUGUAUUCGUUGACAGAGCUUUGAUAGUCGUACCAUAUGCAGAAGGAGUUAUUCCUGAUGAGACUAAGGCUUUGUCUCUGUUGGCACCAGCUAACGCAGUGGCAGGUCUUCUGCCUGGUGGUGGACUCCUGCCUACACCUAACCCACUUACCCAGAUUGGCGCCGUUCCAUUGGCUGCUUUGGGAGCUCCUACUCUUGAUCCUGCCCUUGCUGCACUUGGGCUUCCUGGAGCAAACUUGAACUCUCAGUCUCUUGCUGCGGAUCAGUUGCUGAAACUUAUGAGUACUGUUGAUCCCAAGUUGAAUCAUGUAGCUGCUGGUCUUGUUUCACCAAGUCUGAAAUCAGAUACCUCUAGUAAAGAGAUAGAGGAAGCCAUGAAGAGAGUACGAGAAGCACAGUCCCUCAUUUCUGCUGCUAUAGAACCAGAUAAGAAAGAAGAAAAACGAAGGCACUCGAGGUCAAGAUCACGUUCUAGGAGGAGGAGGACUCCCUCAUCUUCCAGGCACAGGAAGUCCAAGAUCAGUGUGCCAGCAAAUUUACUGUGUGGUGAAGACCUGCCUCCUCAUUUGCGGUCAAGAAGCAGAUCAAGAAGGCGAUCACAUUCUAAGUCAAGGAGUAGGCGACGAUCUAAAAGUCCAAGACGGAGAAGAUCUCAUUCCAGAGAGAGAGGGAGAAGGUCAAGGAGCACAUCAAAAAACAGAGACAAAAAGAAAGAAGACAAAGAAAAGAAACGUUCCAAAACACCACCAAAAAGUUACAGCACAGCCAGACGUUCCAGAAGUGCAAGCAGCUUGCACAUUUGUGGUUCUAGAGAGAGGAGACGACGACGAAGCAGAAGCGGCACAAGGUCCCCUAAGAAGCCCAGGUCUCCCAAGAGAAAGCUGUCUCGCUCACCAUCCCCUAGGAGACAUAAAAAGGAGAAGAAGAAAGAUAAAGACAAAGAAAGAAGCAGGGAUGAAAGAGAACGAUCCACAAGCAAGAAGAAGAAAAGCAAAGAUAAGGAAAAGGAACGGGAAAGAAAAUCAGAAAGUGAUAAAGAUGUGAAAGUUACACGGGAUUACGAUGAAGAGGAACAGGGGUAUGACAGCGAGAAGGAGAAAAAAGAGGAAAAGAAAACAACAGAACCAGGUUCCCCUAAAACAAAAGAAUGUUCUGUGGAAAAGGGAGCGGGUGAUUCACUAAGAGAAUCCAAAGUGAAUGGGGAUGAUCAUCAUGAAGAAGACAUGGAUAUGAGUGACUGAGUAUCAGCUCUGUGGGAAUCCAACUGUAUACAUGCAUCAGUGUCAUUCCUUUGUGUGAUUUCUUAAUGCUGUAUUUGUUCAUCUCAAACCUUAGAUGUACACAGCCCUGAGUUAUAAAUGGUUACAAAGCUCCUGGUGUUGAUACUAGUUUUUACAUCCAAAGCUUUUAGAAAAUGAUACGUGGGUGACCCGUUCUUGACAGGGUGAAAUCUAAUUGAGUAGCCAAGCAGUCUUCCUGUGCUGGUGCUGCUUCGUGACAAGGAUGAAAGGCUGCAUGCAUCUACAGCAGGCAUGGGUUGUUUAUGUUGUAUGAUCUCCUUUAUUAAGUAAGUUCACUUAUAGUCUAUUUCUAGAAUUUGAUUCAUUGCCGUAAUAGGGCCAUGUAGGGAAUGCACUGAUUGCAUGUUAAUUGUGGCAGGAAUAUCCUAAAUGUCAUUAAAGUCCUCCAACAUGAUGGAUCUAUUUAUGGUCUUGUUUGUUGACUUGACAAAUUAACAUUCUUAUAGUUACAUCUGGAAAUGAGCAUUUGAAAUAGAUAAUCCUUUAAGCCUUGUGGCUAAAUUUUUGUGGCUUUUGUUUAACUUUGAAAGGUUAUAUAUGCACUAACCUUUUUUGAUGGCUAUAAUUAGGCUUUAAUUACAGAAACAAGAUUUCAAAUGAAACUGUCUUUGGCAGUAAGUUAAAUAGCAUAUUUUGAAGUAGAGUUGUAUACUUUUUCAUAAGGUGUUUGGGAAUUUUUUUUUUCCUGAAAUAAUUUAUUCCACAGCUACAUCAGUGAAAGCUAUCUGCCUAUCCUGAAGUCCAUCUGUAAAAGAAAGUUAUUUCUUGUCCUGAUUUUCAAUUUUCCACCCUUUUAUUAAUUUGUUUUAAUCUCAGUGUUGGAAAAAGGGGAUAGUGCAUUUUAAAUUGACCUUCAUAUGCUUUUAAAAUAAGACAAAUCUACUUGAUAAUGGACUUUUUAUUUGAUCUCAAGUUGUAUAAAACCAAUAAAUUUUGUGUUACUGUUACUGCAGUAGUAAUCUUAUGCACACAGUGAUUCCAUGUUAAAUGCAAAGUAGUUAGGCAACUGUUUUCUUACAGGAGUUUCCAAGCUUCACUUUUGUGCAGUAAAGACAAAAGUAGGCUACAGUCUGUGCCAUGUUGAUGUACAGUUUCUGAAAUUGUUUUACAAGACUUUGAUAAUAAAACCCUUAAACUUA